AUGCUGGCUAGCUUGUUCCUGGCACAGUUCGCGUACGCGCCGCUGAGCUCGCCGCCACGCAGGGCUUUCAUCGGGCAGGCUGCCGCAGUGGCGGUCGGCCUCCAGCCGUUUGCGGCACUGGCGGCGGCGGACUGCCUUCAGACCUGCCGCAAGAACUGCGGCCGGCUUGCGGCAGGCUCGAGGGAUUACUGCGAGAGCUCUUGCGUGGACUAUUGCGCGCAAGACGACCGGAAAGAUGGCCUCAGCGGGUCGGUCAGCACGGAGGGCUCCGAGUUCGGUUUCGCCAGCUCUUUCAAAAACCCGCUAGCGCCGCAGAAGCCAACGGUCUACGGCGAUGACAAGCCACCAGGUCUACCGGACGUUUUCGGGGUGAACCAGGCGCUGCGGAAGGCGGUCACUGGCGGCGACUUGACCGGCGGCGUGCAAGGCCAAGGCGGUGCACGUGACUUCUCCGACGCGCCGCCGGGUGGACUGUUCGACAGUACGCGAUUCAGGGCUAAGUAGGUUUUCGCGCGGAACAUGAACACGUCCGGUUUUGGGAGUCGGGGACUUGUGUGUGUGGUGGAGUUAAGUGGAACUCUGCUCCUCUUACACACGGUGUGAAGUCCUGAAGACCACAGCGCGCAGCGCCAUGGAGGAGGUAUUCUCAAUAUCAAGGUCUGUGAA